AUGGCCUCAGCUGAGAACAAUAACAGGAAGGACUUUCUGCAGUUCCUCUUGGAGAACACUAACACUCAUGAAGACGGUUCACUAUCCCUUACGGUGCAACAACAGAAGGGCAUGCUCACGGAUAUUGUGGUGGGUGGAAUUGACACUACGGCAACAGUAGUGGAAUGGGUUCUGGCUGAGCUGAUGGAGCACCCAGAAGAAAUGAUAAAAGUUCAAGAAGAACUAACACAAAUUGUUGGGUUGAACAACUUGGUUGAAGAGUUUCAUUUGCCUAACUUACAUCACUUAGAUGCUGUGAUCAAGGAGACGUUUCGCUUGCACCCUAUACUCCCCUUUUUAGUGCCCCGGUGUCCAAGCCAAUCUACCACCAUUGGUGGCUUUUACAUACCAAAAGGUUCCACUAUUUUUCUGAACGCUUGGGCCAUACACAGAGAUCCAAUUGUUUGGGAAGCUCCCUUGGAAUUUAGACCCCAGAGGUUCCUAAAUCCUAGCAACAAGUUUGAUUACUUGGGUAAUAAGUUUCACUUUCUUCCAUUUGGUUCUGGGAGAAGAGUUUGUGCUGGGAUUCCCUUAGCAGAGAGGAUGCUAAUCUAUGAAUUGGCUUCAUUCUUGCAUUCGUUCGAUUGGAAAUUGCCUGAUGACGAAAAGCUUGACCUCUCAGACAAAUUUGGAAUUGUGACAAAGAAGAAGACUCCACUUACUGCUGUACCAACAGUCAGGUUAUCCAAUUUGGAGCUCUAUGCUUAAAAGCAUUCGCCUAAGUGCGAAUUUUAAACAUGCAGCAAGCACUUAUCUUAGCUAUAGGAGUUUCUGCUCCAACUGUUCCCUAUUUCUUAACUCUACUGUGCUUCGAUAUAUAUGUUGUAAGAAUAAAUGGAGAAAGUAGGAAAAUAAACAUAUUGUCUGGUUUCUCUAUGCUUGGCUAUAUAUGUUUCUGACUUUCUGCUCCAACCAACUGCAGUACAUAUUCUUAUGUGGUUAAGCAAUUGCAGAUAAAUAGACGAACCUGAGUAACAGAGCAUUUGCCCAACAAGCUUUGUCUGCCCAAAAUCCCAUAUAUAGCUGUACCUUAGAGCUCGUUCUGGUAAGCCACAGCAACUCUUGCUGUACCUAAAGAAAAGGGGUGAAAUUCAAUUAGAAUUUACUGGUUCUAAUUAGACCUGAAUUGAAAUUUGUAUACUUAGUAUUUAGGGAUACGUAAUCCCGGCGUAUUCAGGUACAUGCUGGUGCGGCCGAAAACGUCGGGAAACGGUCAAAACGUGGGAGCAAUAGUGAUUUUCAUCUCAAAGAAAUAAGAAAUGAGUUUUGGUGGAGAAACAAAGCAUGCAGGUAGGGCUUGGUGGUUUCCAGUUGGGCUGGGCCUAGCGGAACAAGGGGUCCAUCGUUUAAAAAACAAAAAGACUGAAACUAUUUGAGUAUUCGAUCCAAUUGAAAAGGAAACUGUUGAGACUGCAAACAAUCCUUUAUCAAUUUCUGCCAUUUCUCUGUGUCUGCUUCAGUAAAUUGUGAGACGUUACAGAGUUACGGUAAAUUAAUCGACUCUGUUGAUGAAGUAUAUAUUUUUGUUACUGUUCUC